AUGUUUCCAAAUAUUUCUAUAUUAAAUGAAGAGUUUGACGAAGACUAACCUCGUUAGAUUGUUUCAUCAUAUUCAGAUAUUAAAAAGCUGCUUUCUCCUCCUGCAAACAAAAUUAAUUCUGAUAUUAUUAUAGAUAGACAUAAGGCAAAAUCACAUACAUAUGGUUUAAUUGAAUCAAAAGGAGCUGAAUAAUAUCUUAUAAAAGUCAUAUAAAACAAUGAUUUAUCAGAAAUAUAAAAUUUAUUGGAUGAAGCAGAAAACAUCAAUAUUUACACAAUUACUGAUCAUAAGAAAUACACUCUUUUACAUUUAGCUGCAUACAACAAUAAUUUAGAUACUGUUAAGUAUUUAUAUAAUAUUAUAUGUACCUAAGGUUAUUGAUUAAUCAUGUCAAAAAAUAACAUAAACAUAAAUGCAUGUCAAUACUUACAGAAUGGGUUAAUUAAUAGACUGAGGAUGGAUUUGUGGCAUUUCAUUUUGCAGCCUAUAGAGGAAACAUAGAAAUGAUUUUAGAAUUUGAAAAAUGUGGAGCUAAUUUAUUUAUUCGAAAUGCUUAAGGUAUGAAUGGAUUACAUUUGGCUGCUUAAGGUGAUUAACCUAAAUCAGUUGUAUAUUUUAAGAAAAUUGGUUUUGAUUUUGCUUAAAAAGAUUCAAAAGGAGGUACUGCUUUACAUUGGGCAGCUUAUUAUGGAUGUGAAUUAGCAGUCAAUUAUUUAUUAUCCUUUACAGAUCAAUUAUUAGAUAUUAAGGAUGCAGAAGGUUUAACUGCAUUACAUUUAGCAAGUAUGAGUGGAAAUAGUAGAAUAGUUAAGAAAUUAUUGCUUUAAGGAGCAAAUCGAAAUAUUAAAAAUAAAGAAGGUUAAACUGCAGCUGAUAUUGCUUAAGCUAAUUCAUUUAAAGCUAUUCAUAAAAUGCUUACAGAAUCAUAAAACUUUUUAAUUACUUACUUUAGUAUUAGUUAAGGAUUCUAAAAAGUUAAUAGAAGUAAAGAUAAAAUGUUUAAAUUUAUUGCUAUGUUAAUUUACUGUUAAGGAAUUACUAUUUAUUACAAUUUUUAUCCAUUUGAAUCAUAUUAAAAUCUUAUUUACUACUCAGCUUUUCAAUUAUUGAUCUGGUUUUUCUUUAUAAUUGUUUGGUUAAGUGAUCCUGGUAAGCAAAUCAAAAAAUAAGACAAAAUUGAAUAGGAACUCCUUAAAAGUUUAUAUGAAAUAUUAUAAAGAUAUGAUGCCAAAGACAUAUGUCCUGAAUGUGUAUGUGUUAAAUCUCCAAGAUCUAAGCAUUGUGAUAUUUGCUAAUCUUGUGUAUUAGUAUAUGAUCAUCAUUGUCCUUGGGUUGAUAAUUGUGUAAUAAAUAAUACUAUUAUAAGAUAGGAUCAAACAAUCUUUUUUAGUUUUACAUAUUUGUGUGGCUCCUUUGUUUGGAUGUCACUUUAACUUUAGCAUUCUAGUUUUAUUUUGUUAUUAAAUAAAUUCAAAAUGAUAAAGGCAUAGAAAACGAAUUUAUAAUCCUAUUUAUACUUUCUCUAUUUUCCAUCAUCAUUAUGCUUUUGUUUCUCUUCCCUCUUUGGUUUCUAUUAUACAUAUAAACAAUAAAUUUAUUAACAGGAUAAACAACAUAUGAAAAGUAAUAUUUAUCAUUUAUAUUAAAAAGGUAUUCUUAAUCAAUGAAGAACUCUAAUACUUAGUCUACAGUAUCUUGCAGGAAUUGUCUACAAAUGUGUUGUUAUAAUAAAAUAAACAGUUAAGAAAAAAAGAAAUAAAAUCAUUAGUCUUUUUAGUUAUUUGACUCAAAUUAAAAAUCAUGA